AUAUAAAUAAAAGGACGGAGGAAGCCUUCAUUAAAAAGAAAAGAACUACAAAAAAACCCUAAUUAUUAGUUAGCUAUCGAUUCAGAAACAUUAGAUUUCAAAUCUGAAUUCUUCAGUUUCAGGAAAGGAAAAAGGUUGUUCUUAGCCAUGGCAAAUUCCAAGGGUCCAACAAAUAUAAGAAAUUUUAUGUUUUCUGGAAAGCAUGCUUUACUUCCUCCAAAAAUUCCAUUUCCACCGGUCUCCCCCACAUAUACUGAUUAUGUCCCCAACAAUGUAAUUGGGUCAAGAGCAGUUCAAAAGCGUAGGGAGGGAAAUAAACAUCAUCAGCGCACUUCCUCUGAAAGCUUCCGGAUAGAGGAACAGCCUUCUUGGUUCGAUGAUCUCCUUAAUGAGCCAGAGACUCCUGUGCACAAAGGAAGUCAUCGACGUUCUUCAAGUGAUUCUUUUGCAUAUAUCGACCCAUCUAGUGCUCCUAAUGUGGAUUAUGUGGCACAAGAUGACUAUAGAUACGAAAGCAUGAUUACUGCACCAUCUUGGGCAUCUCAAGAUGCUCGGUUUUCCUCUUUCUAUACUGAUGUGAACUUGGUAAAGCAAAAGAAUAGGGCAUGGGAUUCGUCUUUGAGUGUUGUGUCUCAUCUGAGCAGACUUCCGUCUCUUAGAGAAAACACCAUUCUUCAGAGUUUAGGAUCAUCAUGUGCACCACAAGAAGUAGAGGUUGCUCCAUCAACUGCAAGUGAAAAACAAGAUUCUUCUGAACCUGCUUCUCUUGGUGCAAAAGCUUCUUCUGAGAAGAACGAUAAUUCUCACAAUAAAUCUCCUGCAUGCGACAGCAAUACUAAACGUGCCAAACAGCAGUUUGCUCAACGGUCAAGGGUCCGUAAACUUCAGUACAUAGCUGAGCUGGAGAGACAUGUUCAAACUUUGCAGGCAGAAGGAUCUGAAGUUUCAGCUGAGCUUGAAUUUCUCAACCAGCAGAAUCUCAUUCUUAGCAUGGAGAACAAAGCUCUCAAGCAACGUUUAGAGGGUUUGGCUCAGGAACAGGUUAUAAAAUAUCUUGAGCAGGAAGUAUUGGAGAGGGAGGUCAGUAGGUUACGAGUCUUGUAUCAGCAGCAGCAAAAUCAACAACUGCAGCAGCUAUCAUCUAGCCACCGAGGUUCUAGCAGUAGAGAUCUCGAGUCUCAGUUCACAAGCCUCUCCCUGAAUCGUAAAGAUGCCAAUUCCACUCACGUCCCUAUAACUGGCCCACUCCACAUCUAGAUAUUUUCUUUAGCUGGAGCUCUGUCUUGCCACUACUUAUACUGGAAGAGCCUCAUGCUUCCCGUCACGCUCGGAUAAAACCCCGAGUUCAUCCCGUUCUCAGUACCCUCCCUCUGCCCAAUCUUCUCUUUAUUUCCCUUUCUUUUGGUUCUUUAUCAACGAUGUGCACCUGGUAAGUCAUUGCUAGAAAACUAGAUUUCAGGCAUAUGAUUUAACUGAGGUGGUUAAAAAAAUAAAAGUAAAAAUCAUAACAGGAUCCCAUGUUUCACACCGUCGUAUCUGUUGAUUAGGCUGUGUUUGGAUGUGCAUUAUUUAUAAAUGCAUAAAUGGUAUGGGGAAAUAUUUCCUGUAAAAUGUUUUCGAUGAAAUCCUAUGUUUUCUUC